AGAGCGGAUAUGUUGCUUAUGUACCACAGUCAGCUUGGAUCAUGAAUGCUACUCUUCGAGAUAACAUUACUUUUGGACUUCCAUAUGAACCCAAAUUUUAUGAAGAAGUUAUUGACGCUUGCAGUUUGAAGCCUGAUAUAGAAAUUCUACCAGGUGGUGAUUUAACAGAAAUAGGCGAGCGAGGAAUUAAUCUAUCUGGUGGACAAAAAGCUAGAAUCUCACUUGCUCGUGCGGUCUAUGCACGUGCUGAUAUUUAUUUAUUUGACGAUCCUUUAUCUGCUGUCGAUGCUCAUGUUGGAAAACACAUAUUUGAUCAAGUUAUCGGUCCCACUGGACUUCUUCGGACAAAGGCUCGAGUGUUUGUUACUAAUGGAAUACAUUUUCUUUCUCGAACGAAUUCUCUCAUCAUGUUACGGGAUGGAGAAAUUGUUGAACAAGGACAUUUUGAUGAGUUGAUGAAACAAAAGAAAGAAUUAUACAAUUUAAUUAAUGAGUAUGGUCAAGAAACUUCUUUUGAAGAUGUUGAGGAAAUACAAAGUCCGGAAGUGAUAGAAACUUAUGAAGUUGAUGAGGCAAAUAUUGACUUCAAAACUGAAGCAACUGCUCGGAGUCCACGAGAAAGACGAGUAAGCGUUGUGAGUUUACAUCGAAGACCUUCUCUUAUUACUGUUAGUAACAAACAUGACACUGAACAUGGCAAGGACGCUCUCAUCGUAAAUGAAGACAUUAUCAAAGGCAAAGUUGCAUGGAAUGUUUAUAUGACAUAUAUGAAUUCAUGCUCCUUUACUGGAGUAAUAUUUUUUCUGUUCAUGUUGAUUUUAGCUCAGAGCGCUCAAAUUGGUUUGAAUGUAUUUCUUAAGUUCUGGAGUUCUCAACAUGAUACUAGCAAUGCUUUAUUCUAUUUGGCUAUAUAUGGUGCUAUUGGCCUUACAUUUUCUUUUUUGACCGUUGUGCAAACAAUAACACUUUGGGUAUUUUGUGCUAUUCGGUCUCCAAUGUCCUUUUUCGAUACUACUCCUUUAGGUCGCAUUCUAAAUAGGUUUAGCAAAGAUCAAUAUACCAUUGAUGAAGUUCUUCCGCGUACAUUUUCUGGAUAUUUCAGAACCUUCUUUACUGUUUUAGCAACGAUAACCGUCAUUUCGUUUUCCACACCAGCUUUUAUUCUGAUUAUUGUUCCAAUGUCAACUUCCAGAGAAUUAAAAAGAUUGGAUUCUUUGACUAGGUCACCUAUUUAUUCUCAUUUUCAGGAAACUUUGGGAGGUGUCACAACGAUACGUGCUUAUCAACAAUCACAACGUUUUAUCAUUGAAAAUGAGAUUCGGUUGGAUCAAAAUCAAAAGGCUUAUUAUCCAUCUGUAUGUUGUAACAGAUGGUUAGCUGUUCGAUUGGAAUUUUUAGGAUCUUUAAUUAUUUUUAGUGCAUCACUUUUAGCCGUUAUUUCAUCUGUUAUAUUUAAUAAUAUUGAUGAUGGACUUGUUGGCUUAUCAUUAACUUAUGCUCUUAGUGUUACACAAGCUUUGAAUUGGGCAGUUCGGCAGUCCUGUGAAAUAGAGACAAACAUUGUUUCUGUAGAAAGAGUAAAAGAGUAUAUUGACUUACCUAGUGAAGCGCCUGCAGUUAUACCUAAUAAUCGUCCUGCACCUGCAUGGCCUCAAAAUGGACUAAUUGAAUAUCAAAAUUAUUCAACUCGAUAUAGAUCUGGCCUUGAAUUAGUGUUGAAGGGAAUAUCAUUCCUUGUGAAACCAAAAGAAAAAAUUGGAAUAGUAGGAAGAACAGGCGCUGGAAAGUCUAGUUUGACAUUAAGUUUAUUUAGGCUAAUAGAGGCAGCUGGCGGCGCUAUUAUUGUGGACGGUAUGGAUAUAUCAAAAAUCGGGCUAUAUGAUCUUCGUUCACGCAUUACCAUCAUUCCUCAAGAUCCAAUUCUCUUUGAAGGAUCAGUUCUUUUCAACCUUGAUCCAUUCGCGACACACAAUGAUGUUGAGAUUUGGCAAGCACUUCAAAGUGCACAUUUGAAAGAUUUCAUUGCCCAAUUUGAUGAUAAAUUGCAUGCUAAAGUUUUAGAAGGUGGAGAUAAUUUUAGUCAAGGACAAAGACAACUGAUAUGUUUAGCAAGAGCGUUGUUACGGAGGUCACCGGUUAUUGUAUUGGAUGAAGAAACAGACGCUAAGAUACAAAAAACUAUUAGAUCUGAAUUUAAUUGGGCAACACUAUUAUGUAUUGCUCAUAGAUUAAGAACAAUAAUAGACUAUGAUAGGGUCUUAGUUCUUGUAGUGGAAUUUGAUACACCAUAUAACCUACUUCUAAAUGAAAGUAGUGUAUUCCGGCAUUUAUGUGAAGAAAGCAAUGAAUUAGAAUACUUAAUGGACAUUGCUUUAAAAAAAUUCCAAUCCACUAAAUAA